AUGUGGUCCCCACUCGCCCACGAGGCGAUCAGCCGGAUCUGGCUCGACGCCGCACUUCUGCCGCUCUUGAUCCUCGCGUUCAUCGUCGGGUGGGUCCGCCUGCCUUCCCUGGCGACGAGGGCGCCGCCGGCAGAGAGCGGCAUCGAGCGACGGAACGCUGUGCUGCAGUGGAUCCACCUCGUGUGCGGACUCUGCAUGGCUGGCUACCACGCGGCGAUGGUCGUCCUCACGGCGCUCCACGCCGACGACUCCUCUUCGGGCGGGACAAACGGCACGCUUCCCGGCGGCGGCAGCUGGCUCUCGGGCGGCGACGCACCGGUCUCUCUCGAGGUCGAGUUCUCCUCUGGCUACUCUUGCCACGCGGCCGGCUUUGUGUCUUGGCUCGCCCUGUCUGCUCUCUCGCUCGCGGAGAGGAAGGCUGGGCGCGGGGCGGGCCGCUCUGUGCGGUACUGGUGCAUCGCCGCGGCGCUGAUCGCCGCGCUCCGCUUCGAGGCGGCGCUGGCAAGCAUCGCCUCGCUUCUCACCUUCAACUGGGCGGAGGACGUGCCUGCCCUGUCGCAAGAGGACAGCGCCGCGCACAACGCGGGCCUGCUGCACGCGGCGUGGGAGGGCGAGGUGGCGCGGAGGGGAGGGCUGGACGCCUCCUUCUUCGGCGCAGCGCACGGGGCCUUCGGGCGCUACUUUUGGGCGUCGGCGGGCUACAAGCUGGUCAACGACGUGUUCAUCUUCGUCAACCCCGCGCUCAUCAACGUCAUUGUCGGCUACAUCAACGGCGACGCGUCACAGGCCAGAUCUCGGGCGGGCUUGUCACGCGGAGGCGCCUUCGGCUGCGCCGCCGCCAUGUUCCUCGCCGCCGAGGUGCAGUCUCUCGCCCUCGGCCAGUACUUCUUCCGCGGAUUCCGGCUCGGCCUGCGCGUGCGCGCCGCCAUCGGGCAGGUUGUGUACGACAAGGCGCUGCGCAUGACUGCCGAACAGCGCGCCUGCUUCGGCGUCGGGCCGAUCGUGCCGUACCUGCACGGCAUCUGGAGCUGCCUGCUGCAGCUCGGCAUCGCGACGAGCAUGCUUUACUCGGUGCUCGGACCGGCCGCCUUUGCGGGGCUCGGCAUCAUGGUUGCGAUGCUGCCUCUGAACGUGUGGGUGGGGAAGAAGCAGGCGGGCUCAUAG